GAACUGUGCCAUUUCACAAGUGUAAAAGACAGCUUAGAGAGUGGUUACCAUCAGAACCACUUUCGGAUCUAGGUAGCGAGUAGGACAAUGUCUGACCAGGAGGAAGGAUCUGAUGCUCAGAGUGUUGAUUCAGCAAAAGAAAGAGAGGAUGCUUUCGGGACUAUCAAUAUUCCAGUUCCCGCAGAAGAGGUUCCAGAGUCAGAUCAAACUGAAGACUGUGAAUCUGAACUAGAGCCAUCUAGUGGGGGCCGUGAAAAACGUGUUGAGGAGACGAGUGACCAGAGCGUUUUAAGCCUGGAGCGAAAUGAUGUCGAGCAACUCAUGGAAGAUGUUAGGGCAGAUGAACAAGUUUCAUAUUCUCCAGGAGACGGUGGAGAGUCUCUAGCUAAAUCUGAUAAUGCAGUGCAGUCAGCCGAACAAUAUUCAAAAGAUUCUCUGGCAUUUCUGGAAAAAAUAAAGGCUGUAAAGGAAUCUCUGAAAACAUCAAUGAAAGAUUCAUCAGCAACAGUAAAAGUUGUACUUCUUCCUGUGGGCCAAGAAAUUAUAAUGCCCUUUAAAGUUGACACUGUUCUAACAUGCCUCAAGGAUCAUUUUUCAUCUCUAUUAGGUGUCCCACCUUAUGUCCUGCAGAUAAGAUGUGCAGGAAUGAUUAUUAAAAAUCAUGAGACGCUACUACAACAUGGAGUUAAGCCCCAGGAUAUUGUCCAAGUGGAAAUCUUUUCUUUACAUCCAGAUCUAUAUCCAAUCAAAAGAAUAGACAGAUCAAGUGAUGCCUCUCAAAUCAUAACUGUCAGAGUACAAACUGGCAUUGAUCAGUACCAGGAAGUAGCUGUUGAGAUGAUAAAAUCUGAUUUUCACAAACCAUUUCUUGGUGGAUUCAGACAUAAAGUAACAGGAAUGGAAUAUCACAAUGCUGGAACACAAACUGUACCUAAAAAGAUUCCUGAAAAACUGAAUGCAUUUUGUAGGGAUACACAGACAGUUUUUCAGAGAAGAAAGCUCCAGCAAACUACAAAUACAACACCCACACAGAUGACUAAAAUUGGUGUGUAUGUAUCAAAUAUGACUGAUAAACUGGUAACACCAGGAAAAUAUUUUUCAGCAGCAGAAUACCACGCUAAAAGAUUAAAGGCGGUAAUUGUGAUACAGACUUACUACAGACAAUGGCAUGCUAAAGUUGUCGUAGACAGUUUAAAAAGACAGAAAAUGUUAAGGUUGCAGUGGGAAGCACAGGAAGAACUAAGGAAGAUAAGAGAAAAAGAAGAGUGGAUGAAAUUGGAUUAUUACCGGAGGCAUAAUCCUCAAACAAAAGAAGAUUUUGAACUUCUUUACAAUGCACUAGAACUCUGGAGGCAAGAAGAACUUGCACGCAUUAACCAGUCUUUCACUGGAGCUGAAAGGAAAGCUGCUUUGUGUGAACUCCUGGAAAAAGAGACCCAGAUAAUUGCUUCCAUUGGGAGACAUAGAUACAUCGCUUAUACGGCUAACCAGGAAGCAUCGAUACAAGCUUUUUUGGAUAAGUGUUCAGCUCCAAAGAUAUGGAGAACAUUUGAUGGCAAAAUAAUUGAGAUGGAUACACAAUUCACCAUCAGAGCCAGAGAGCUGCAAAACAUCUAUAACUGCAUUAUGCUGAAAAAUAUCUCUCAAGAUGAGAGACUAGAUGUGCUCUUAACACUUAAACAUACUGUGAAGGAACAUGAAUGUAAACUGACUCAGGAAAUUCUAGAAUUGAUUGACAGGGAGGUUGACCUUAUGAUGAGAGGAGUCAAACAUGAGAACCUUGAAGGACUCAGAAAAAGGAUUGCAACACUCUUUUUUCAUUACAUCAAAACACCUCUGUUUAAUCCAGAAGUUGCAAGACACCUUAAGGUCCCUCAAGACCCACUGAAGUUUUAUAAGAAGAUUUACUUUUGCCUCAGUUGCCAGCUGUAUUUGCCUUCUACAGAGUUUGCUGUAUCAUCCACCUCACACCACAUUUACCGCUGUCGUCACUGCAUUAACCUUGACAAUGAGACUCAAAAACGAGAAUCAUGUUUGAAGUACAAAUGUUUACUUCAGCGACUUUACUAUUCAGAAGCUGAUUAUGAAGAUGAUUCUAAAAUUGCUUUCCUGAUGCAGCUACAAGAUAUUCAGUACCUGACUGAGAACAUCUGGGCAUCCCAGUCAGUGCUCAGUGCCUGGAGCGAUCUCAAUGAUCUGGUCAUGGUCAGGUGGGAUAAGUCCUUGGAGUGGUCACCCUGGAACUGCAUUCUUCUUACCAAAGAUGAAGGCACUACUCAUCUCAAGCUAAAGAGUGUUGAAGAGGGGACACAGGUUCGAGCCCUGGUCUGGGAAGAUCCCACAUGCCGCGGAGCAACUAAGCCCGUGUGCCACAACUACUGAGCCCAUGUGCCACAACUACUGAAACCUGCGCUCCUGGAACCCAUGCUCCACAGCAAGAGAAGCCACCGCAAUGAGAAGCCCGCGCACCGCAAUGAAGAGCAGCCCCCGCUCGCCGCAACUAGAGAAAGCCCGCGC